UGCAUUUUAUAUGUCAUUUCAUGUUUUCUUUUCAACUUCAAAAUUUUUGCAAAAACGUCAAAAGAAAAUUCUAGCAAAUCCAGCGGUUUGUCGUGAGAGAAAAAUAAAUUUUCUUGCAAAGAAUUGAUUGCCAAGAUUUUAAGCAAAACAAUUUAAAUAUCAAAGCAAAUACACAACAACGAUGGUAGACUAUAGUAAAUGGAAAGACAUUGAAAUUUCAGAUGACGAGGAUGCCACACACCCCAACAUCGACACUCCUUCACUAUUCCGUUGGCGUCAUCAGGCCCGCAUCGAACGCAUGGCCGAAAUGGAGCACGAAAAAGAGGAGUUUAAGAAGAAAAGGCAGUCGUAUCAAGCACGUUUGAUGGAUGUAAAAGAUCGCAUACAGAAGAAAGAAGGAGAAGAGGCAGAACUCAAGAAAGAAUUGGACAAAAUUGAAAAGGAAGGCAAAGAACUCGAUCGGCAAGAGGAAGAACUUAUCAAGAAGGAGAAAAAAGCUCCGUGGAAUGUGGACACCAUCAGCAAACCCGGUUUCGAAAAAACUGUUUUGAAUAAACAGGCUGUUCGAAAGCCUGACGAGAAUCUAACAGAAGAGGAAAAAGAAGCACGAAUGAAGAAAUUUGUAAAAGAAAAUGAAAAAUUAUGCAAACAGUAUGGUAUGCUUCGUAAAUAUGAUGAUUCCAAACGCUUCCUGCAACAGCAUCUAGAUCUUGUGUGCGAUGAAACUGCGAAUUACUUAGUCAUUUGGGCUAUUAAUUUGGAAAUGGAAGAGAAGCACGAUCUCAUGGCACAUGUGGCGCAUCAGUGCAUUUGUAUGCAAUACAUGUUGGAGUUGGCGAAACAGUUAGAGGUUGAUCCACGAGCCUGCGUGAAUUCGUUCUUCUCAAAAAUUCAAAACUGCGUUCCGGAGUACAAACACCAAUUUGAAAGUGAAAUUGAAGCAUUCAAAGAUCGUAUUAAGAAACGAGCACAGGAGAAAAUUAAAGAAGCAUUAGCCGAGGCGGAGGAAGAGGAGAGAAAAGCGCGACUUGGGCCAGGUGGACUGGAUCCAGCUGAUGUGUUUGAGACACUACCAGAAAGUCUACAAAAGUGCUUUGAAUCGCGCGACAUUGAGCUUUUACAGAAAACAAUUGCCAAAAUGCCCGUCGAGGAAGCCAAAUACCAUAUGAAGCGUUGUGUUGACUCUGGUCUUUGGGUGCCAAAUGCAGGGGAUGCUGAAAUCGGUGCCACAGAGGAGGAAAAAGGGGAAUCGGAGGCUGAAAAAGCGGACGGUGCCAUAAACAAGAGUGAGCCCAGCGAUGGUAAAUUCGAUAAAACAGUGGAAGAGCCUGUCUACACCGGCGUUAAUACUAAUGAUUUGGAUUGAUUGUAGUUGAAAUAAUGAACUUUAAAAAUAGCAUUGAAAAAUUAUGUAAAAUUUUAUGCCUACAGGUGAAUGAGAGUUAGAUAUUAAUACUUAAUAUGUAUAAAAAUAGUGCAUAAUUUAUAAAUACUUGUAGGGAAAAACUGCAAAUGUUACAGUAAAGUUGCUGAUUUCACACACAUACCUGUAAUCUA